AUGGCCGUCCACGACAAUACAGGAUACGUCUCAAUAUCGAGCCUCCUCAAGAAACUCGCAACGCUAGAGUCGGCAAGAAAAGUGUCGGCAGAAGAGAUCGCGGCCGCUAUAUCCUUGAUCUUCACCGACAGUCUGUCACCUGUGCAAUUCGGCGUGCUGCUCUGGGCUUUGCAUACCACGAAUCUCGACCACCAAGCCGAAGUUCUGGCAGCAUGUGCGACUUCAAUGCGGGAAGCGGCCGCUCAAGUGGAUGAGUCGGCAUUGCAAAGCGUCUGGGAGAAGCGACGAAAGCCUGAAGGGACGUACGGUGGCGGCUUUUGUGACAUCGUUGGAACCGGUGGCGAUGGACAUAACACAUUCAACGUCUCUACGACUUCUUCCAUCAUAGCUUCGGCGAUCCUCCUCAUGGCAAAGCACGGCAACAACUCCUCAACAUCGCUCUCAGGCUCUGCAGAUCUCCUCCAGCAUGCACCCAAGCCACCCAUCAUCGCCGCAACCACGGCAGGAAACUUGCCCAAAAUCUACGAGCGGACAAAUUACGCCUUUCUCUACGCACGUGAAUGGCAUCCAGGAAUGAAGCACGCUGCGGCAACGAGACGAGAGGUACCGGUUCGCACAGUUUUCAAUCUUCUCGGCCCUCUCGCAAAUCCAGUUCAUGACACUGGUCUAGUCGAAUGCAGGAUUCUUGGCGUUGCACGAAAAGACAUUGGGCAGAACUUCGCAGACGCACUCAAACUCAGCGGAUCCAGAAAGGCGUUGAUCGUCUGUGGAGACGAAAACCUCGACGAGAUUUCCUGCGCUGGAAUUACACAUUGCUGGUACAUUCACCAACCUCAAACUCAACCCAUAAACGGUGAAGGGAGGCCACCAGUAGAAAUCACCAAGUUCACAAUCUCGCCCGAAGACUUUGGUCUACCACGACAUUCCCUCGAUACAGUUCUUGGAGGUAAAGGUCCGGACGAGAAUGCGGAGAUUCUGAUGCAGAUUCUGAGAAAUGAAAGGCCAGAUGACGACCCGGUAUUGCAUUUCGUGCUGUUGAAUACUGCUGCGUUGCUCACUUCGAGUGGAGUUUGUGACGCGGAUGAGAGUCGUAUGGGAGAGGGUGAUGACGGUCAAGUGAUCAAGGAAAGAGGUCCUGGUGGGUUGAGAUGGAAGGAAGGCUUGAGAAGAGCGAGGUGGUGUAUUAAGAGCGGUGAGGCAUUGAGGCAGUGGGAGGAAUUCGUUGAGGUGACAAAUUCGGUGUCGAUGUGA